AGUUAUGAAUUUGCAGGAAGGAAGGAGUUGUUGAAGAGUGAGAAAAACGGUGAAAGCAGAGGGAAAAUGAAGCGCGAAGCCUAUGCGACAGUGUUGCAUUCCUCAGAAGCAUACGUUUGCGGCGCAAUAACACUAGCACAAACCCUCCACCAAACAGGGACCAAACGCCACCUAAUCCUCCUCGCGGAUAAGUCAAUCUCCGUUCCCAAACGCAGGUCCCUAUCGGAAGCGGGUUGGAAGAUCCGAAUGAUUACUCGGAUCCGAAACCCAAGGGCAGAGAAGGGAAGCUACAAUGAAUACAACUACAGCAAGCUCCGACUGUGGCAGCUUACCGACUACGACAAAAUAAUCUUCAUCGAUUCCGACAUCAUCGUUCUCCGGAACCUGGACAUCCUCUUCCGCUUCCCGCAGAUAUCCGCCUCGGGGAACGACCAAUCGAUAUUCAACUCCGGGAUAAUGGUGAUCGAACCUUCGAACUGCACGUUCGGCGAGCUGAUGCGGCUUCGCGAUGUCAUCGUUUCGUACAACGGAGGGGACCAGGGGUUUCUGAACGAGGUGUUGGUGUGGUGGCACAGGCUGCCGCGGAGGGUGAACCUUCUAAAGAAUUUCUGGGCGAACACGAGUGCAGAGGCAAGGGAGAAGAAUGCGCUGUUCGGGGCGGAGCCGGCAGAGGUGUAUGCGAUUCACUACCUGGGGUGGAAGCCCUGGCACUGCUUCAGGGACUACGACUGCAAUUGGGACACCCUGGAGCAGAGGGUGUACGCCAGCGACGUGGCGCACCGGAGAUGGUGGAAGGUUCACGACGCCAUGGAGGAGGGUUGGCAAAGAUUAUGUGGGUUGACGAAACGGCGUCGCACUGAGCUGAAGUGGGAGAGGAGGAAGGCUCGGAGCAUGGGCUUUUCUGAUGGACAUUGGAAAAUCAAUAUCACUGAUCCCAGACGAUUUACCCCUCUUCUCAUCCAUUAGGUUAGUGAAAAUAGUUCUUAAUUAAAGUAUAAGUUAAACUAAUGAAAAUAAUUUAUUUAGAAAUAGUAAU